AGGUAAUCUACGACAACUCCUUUCUAGGAUGGGCUCACGACAAAAUUUUUUUAAUCAUAAAUGAUCUUUUAUAACGGGUUUAUGAUGAGAAUUCUGUUGUUAAUGGGCUCUUUUCCUGCAUUGUAUUGAUAUAAUUAUGCUCAUUUUAGAUUGUCAGGCCAUAUUAUAAUUCGGGUAUUUUUAAGUUUUGAUUUAUUGUAGCCAAAUUGAUGGAGAGUAAAGUUGUAAUUGACUUGUUAUAGUGUUUUUAGGAAAAAAAAAAAAAAAAGCAAAUCAAUAUGGUUGGAUGUUGGAUCUGAAAAGCAAGCAGCCAAAAAGAAAUAAAGGUGGUGUGGAUGAAUGUAACAUCAAAACCAUGAGGAUUAUAAUUUAACUUAAAAGCACGAGCAUAAUUAAGCUUAAGCAUGAGAGGGUUAUGUUUUUUUUAGGAAAUAACCCAUUUAUUACUUUUUCCUUGUUUAAUUUUCCCAUAGUACUGAUUACACGUAUAUAGAUGAGUAGCACUAUUCAUUACUACUUUUUUUGUUGUAUGUUGUUUUAUUUUUGGCAAAACGAGUACCUCCUUUCUUUUACAGGCAUGUUCCAUCAACUACUCCUAUCUAUGCUUUAUUUUAACAGGACGAUGCUUUAAUUAUUAAUGCAAAUGACACAUUAUUUUACUACACUAGUACAAUUCCACCUUUAUUCAUCUCUUGUUUCUUUCUUUUAUUACUCCGUAUAAGGCAGGAGGUGAAGCAAUAAAGAGCAUAACAUAAGAGAUUUGUUCAAUUCGUCCAUAAAAUAGCAAAAUUAAAGAAAAUGGGAAGAGGAAAACUAGAAAUAAAAAGGAUAGAAAACACAACCAACAGACAGGUAACAUUUUCAAAGAGAAGGAAUGGUAUAAUCAAGAAAGCUCAAGAACUUAGUGUUUUAUGCGACGCCAAAGUUUCCUUAUUCAUCAUCUCCUCCUCCUCCACCAACAGACUUUACCAUUACAUCACCCCCGGCGUCGAUCUUAAGAAGAUGUAUGACGAGUAUCAGAAGGUUGAAGGUGUUGAUCUCUGGCGUAAACACUACGAGCAAAUGAAAGAGCGAGAGAGAAAGCUAGCUGAGGUCAAUAAUACGCUGCGAACAGAGAUUAGCCGAAGGAUGGGAGGAGAUCUAGAGGACCUCACUAUAGGAGACUUGCGCUGUCUUCAUCAACAGAUGGAUCAAGCUUUGGAUCUUAUUCGUAAUCGAAAGUAUCAUGUCAUCAAAAAUCAAACUGGGACUAGCAAGAAGAAGGUUAAGAGCCUUGAGGAAAUUCAUGGAAACCUUGUCAUGGAUCUUGAAACGAGAUUUAGGGCCCCGGGAUUUGGUAUAGCAGAUGAUGAUCAGGGUAACUAUGAAGCUGCUGCUGUGUAUUCAGACAAUGGAGCAGCAGCCAACUUAUUUGCUAUGAGUCGCCAUCCUGACAUUCAUAAUCUUCAGCAGGGAGGAAGGUUAGGCUACAGCAAUGUCCAUGACUUGCGUCUUGCUUAGGAUCAAGAUCCUCAGUGUGCAUGCAUGGUUCAACAAUUCGAUCAAUGUUAAUUUUUCAAUGAUAACAAUUAAGCUCAAUUAUGUAUGUAGCUGUAAUAUUGUACGAAGUAGUAGUUUGAGAGAUUUUGAAUCAUGGCAUAAUAGUCCUUUUAAUUAUGUUAAUAUUCAAUUAAGAAUUUAAUA